AUGGAGGUGACGGGACAUGCUAAUAUAUCACGAACGAAGGGAACCUGGACGCCAAAUCGCCAUCGUGUCAGGUAAGGAUCGCAAAUUUGAGGGGUUUAGAGGGAUUUUUUGGCUUUUUUCGGUUUUAUUGGAUCUUAUCCUUGUUUUUCUGGAAGUUUCACAGGUUGUAUCAGGUGCGAGAAGGAGUCUGCGGACAACUUUUGCGGAUUUAAUCGAGUUUUCUGCGAUUUCUUCCAGUUUUUGAAUAUGAUCCUAGUUGAUGUCUAGUUUAAUAUCGUCCUAUGUGUAAGGAGUUGUUUUUUGCUUCGCAAAAAUGUAAGAGACUUUUAGGUGAUUUUAAGGAUAACUUGGCCGAGAUUUACAGUUAUUUUUGAAAUUGUAUGUUAUCUAUGGCCGAAAAACAAAGGAAACAAAAAUUGAAAGGUUAUAGAAGGAAUAAGAUCGAUAUUUCUGCUCAGCGGCUAUAUUAUACAAUUUUGCACAAGAAACCAGCCGGACAGACCAAAAUUUAGACGUAUUCUCCAUUUUUUUUAAAUAUUAUACUUGCUCUGACACCUAAAAUAAUUUCAGGUUUCAAGAUGAACAGCAAGAAGGAGGUUGUUGGGCCUGGUUUGUGGAUAAGUGUGAUGCCUUCCGUUCGGUGCUUUCUAACACAUUCUGCGCCUGCUUUGAGGCCAUCCCAUCGAUUGGGCUCAUGAUCUUGGCAUUGAUCCUGCUCUUCAUUCUGCUUGGUUCCAUUCCAUUGGCAGUCUUUCUGACCUACAUGGCACCAGAAGCGCAGUUGUCCGAACCUCCAACACAAAGUGUGCCCAUGAUUCGACCGACGAAUUCGGUCUGGCCAGCCGAAUUUGACAGUUUAUUUGAUGACGCGCAGAUUAUAAGGUCAAGUAGUCUGGUGCCGAAGAACAUUUCCAGUUGCACUGGGUUUGGAUUUGCUUGUACGAGCCAUCCGGUGAGUAUUUUUGAUUUUCUUUGUUGGUUUUUAGAUACUUCUUAUAUUCCACUUGAAAUCCAAAGAAAAUCUUCAUGUUUCUUCUCUUUAGGACAUGGUUAUUGGCACGCAUCAACGUUGUGAUGGUUAUACUGACUGCCCUGAUGGUUCGGAUGAAUACGAUUGCCGAGGUAAAGGGUUUAUUUCCGUUUUUAUCUGAUUUUAGAAUGCCACACCAGCUUCUCAUGCGCUGUUUAUGGAUCAUCUAACCGCAAAGUCUGUCUUCGAGGAGAUGCAUUGUGCGAUGGGCAUUACCAGUGUGCGAACAAUGAGGAUGAACACAUGUUCUGCUGUAAGCUUACGUAAUUUCUGUUUUUAAUCAUGGAUAAUAUGAAUUUUGCUGAUUAAGGUCUCGAAAAUAGGUAUAAUUCGAUUUCUUUUGCAGCCCGAACUUGCGAAAACACAGAGUACGAGUGUGCCAGUAAAGAUCGAUGCAUUCCGAACGAGUUCAAAUGCGAUGGAGAUGCUCAUUGCCCUGACGAAGACGAUGAAAAGAGUUGUUCAGCAUGCAACAAUGGCGCCAAAUUGUGUGCUCCCACGGGAGUGUGCCUUCCGAAAUGGAAAUUGUGCAACGGAGUCGUGGAUUGCCCCGAUUUCAGCGAUGAACUGGCAAGUAUAAUAUAUUUUCUUUUUUGUUAUUUAGGUGUUUUGCGUCUUCUUGAGGUAUAAUGGAAGAUUGUUUGUAGGAAUGCGACUGCAGAAGUUGCUCCGGAUCCGACAAGGCACUUUGUAAUGGCGAACAGAAGAUGUGCAUCAAGAAGUCCGAAGUUUGCGAUAACAUUCAACAUUGUCCCAGAGGAGAAGAUGAACAAAAGUGCCCUGGAUCGUGCUCUGCCUCCAGGACCUUGGACGAGUUUGUUGAUCGAGUUCGACGACAGACCGCGUCCAAAAAAGGUAAUUUUUUAUGUUAUACUAGACAUUUUUUUGAAAUUUAGGUGGCUUUUGACCUGUUUAUUCCUUCACAGAAGGAUUAAUGUAUAUUACUUUAGUCCGAAAGGUCCGAGAUAUCGAAGGAAGCGAAAUCGAGUUCUCAGGAAGCGGAUCGGGAUCAGGGGAAGCAAGCGGAGAAGGAAAUGAGUCGGCUGAAACGUCAGAAGAGUACAAACAAGCUCGAUUCCGGGAUACCGAUGGCACCGAAUUCCGCCAAGAAGAUUUCGAACCAGCUCCGACGGAAGUGGUCGCUAUGGAAAUGAUUACGUGCGCGGAUAACAAAACCUAUAACUGGAAGUACGCCUGCUCCGGACAUUUCCCACAAUGCGAUGGAAAAUGCAAAACGUGCAAUGAGGAAUUGGCUUUCACCUGUAAAACCGGCGACAGAUGCAUUCAUCGAGGAUAUGUAAGAUUUUUUAUAUUGUACUUGAUGUUUAGGCAAGGAAGACCAAUAACUUUGGAUGUGACACAUAUUUGAUGACGGAAUGAAGCUAAAUCUUUCUUAUUUGGCUCGUUUCAGGUCUGUGACGGUACCUCGCAAUGUGAAGACGGAUCGGAUGAAAAAGAUUGCACUUGCCCACCGAAUUCGUUGACUUGUCAAAUGCCUUCCAUGGACGGGAAAAAGAAGUGUCUCGCCGAUUCACAACGCUGCGAUGGCUUCAGAGACUGUCCGGAUGGCGGGGAUGAGAAGAACUGCGAAGAGUGCGCCGGAUCCGCCAUCCUUUGCAAAGCCGAUAAGAAGUGCAUUCCGUCGAUUGCACGGUGCGACGGAGUUGAACAAUGCACGGAUGGACAAGAUGAAGCCAAUUGCACUUGUGCCGAAUGCCAACUCCAUCCCUACUCGAUGUAUAUGUGCGAACGGGGAGAGCGCUGCUUCCGAACCGGUCAAGUUUGCGCUCCAUACACGAGGUGCCCGGAUCCGACCAAGAUGGAUAAAUUAUACUGUGCGACGAGGAAUCGGCCUUACUUCUAG